CAACAAGAACUAGACAGACAAAGCGUACAUAGGCGGAGAAAGUGAGCAAGAAGAGGAAGAAAGAAAAAGACAGAGAGGGAAAGAGAUGGGUUUCUUCUUCGCUCAAAGAUUCAUAAUUUCAAUCAUUCUGUUCGCUUCAUUAUCCUUAGCAUCACAAUCAAACCUAACAACCACCAAGCCUUCAGCCUAUGAAGUUAUCAAGGAGUACAACUUCCCUGUUGGUAUCCUCCCCAAAGGUGUGCUAGACUAUGAUCUUGACCCCUCGACAGGAACUUUCUCUGCCUACUUCGGCGGUAGCUGUAGCUUCUCCCUUGAAGGGUCGUACCAGCUGAAGUACAAGCCCACCAUCAAAGGGUAUAUAUCAAAAGGCAAGCUCGCAACCUUGGAGGGAGUUAGUGUGAAGCUCCUCUUCAUUUGGGUUGACAUUGUUGAGGUCCAAAGGAACGGUGAUAGUCUCGGAUUCUCGGUUGGGAUUGCAGGUGCAGAUUUUCCUAUUGAUAACUUUGAGGAGUGUCCUCAGUGUGGGUGUGGAUUGAAUUGCGGUGAUGGGCAGCUCAAGGAGGUUAGAACAAACCCAUCUGUUUCUUCUUAUUGAGGGAAUUGAGGAAUAGAAUGUUGUAUUGAUAAAUUUGAAUUGUGGGUAUCUGUUUGAUUUGAGAUAAUUGAAGUGGCCAAGUGGGUUCUGCUUACUUUGGUAAAUUCUUGUUGUUUUUCCA